ACCCUGUAGCUGUUAAUGGGAGGAGCAACACAGAGAAACAGAAUCUGGGUGUCAGAGUUUCAGUGUCAGAGUACCAGACAGAAAAACAGGAAACAUCACAGCAUGUUAACUUUUGUUGGCUAGAAUUCCUUCUGCAGCGGACACUCUACAACCACAUUUUCCUAUGAAGCACAGAAAUGGAGUUUUCGUCAACAUUUCAGAUCGUCCAAGUCCCCGUAACGGAAACGCAUCCUAUAAUACAGCAUAUUAUCAACAAAAACCUCAAGAAGCUCAAGCAAAUACUUAAUGUCAACAACAUCAAUCAAGUGUACCCAUGCAAAGAGUGGAAUGACUGUUUAACCCCACUGAUUGCUGCUGUUGUAUAUCACAACAGGGAUAUUUUCACUUUCCUUUUGCAACAAGGCGUUGACCCAAACAGGGCAUCCCAAACCGGCUUGACACCUUUGCAUUAUGUCUCACUAUCCAAAGCACCUGUUCUUUUUGUGGAGAAACUGCUUAAAGCAAAAGCUGAACCAAAUGUAUGGAAUCCCUUUACGCCAUUAACACCGUUGCAAACUGCUGCCAUCAAUGACAGGAAGGAUGUCUUUAAAGUGCUCCUUUCGGCUGGGGCACUGGUAACAUUGUUACCCCCCACUGAUCCUGAAUAUAUUCACAAUAGAAAGAUAUCUCAGAUGAUUCAUACGCUUGCAUCGAAAGGAGAACGAUUGUGCUCCAAAAUUAGAUACUUUAUUGAUUUGGAAAUUGCUGUACAAGAGGGAUCCCCUGAAGAAGUGUUCACAACAUUUGACAGUCACAUGAUGUUGGAGGAUCCCCGGAACCAUCUGACCAUGAUUGAAAUACUUUUUAAUGCAACUGGGAAAAAUGAAGAAAAAUACCGGCAGGGAAGUGUUAAUUGGCUGAAAGACACUGAAAAACGGAACUCCUACAUUGCAGAUGCAGUCCAACGCUUUCCAAACAUUACUCAGGCAAAUAUAAAGAGGGCCAUUGAUAGUUUGCAUGCAGUAUUCUGUACAAUGGAAGAUAUACCAAAUGAGCAAGCACUAGCUAUAAUCCCUCAACUACAGCGUUGCUUAAUAAAGGAGAAUACUGUUGUAUGUCAUGCUGUUCUGCAAACACUAUAUGUGAUAACAAGGAAAACAAACGGCAAAGAAAGCUGGGGCCCCAACUUUAUUGAGACGUUAUGCAAAACAGUUGCUCCUUUUGUAAAGGACCAGCACUCCUCUGACAUUAGAGUCUACACAUAUGGCAUAUUUGCAAGUUUACUUUCAGUUCAACACGCAGCCACCUUCUUUACAUCGGCGGGGAUCACUUCAGUCCCUGAGAGCGUACUGACAUCUGCAGAUAUGAAAAUGAAUGACAAGCUGAAAGAAGCGCUUAGACGACUGAACAAUCAUUUCAGCAAACCAAACAUGGAAUGUGUGGACUCUGCAGCGUUGCCUGGACCCAGUAAGAAGAAGAGGAAGAAGAAGAAAAAGGGAAAGUCGGAAAAGCAAGAAGAGCCAAAUGAUGACGUUGCCUUAACUGAUCUAAAAGCAGCUCCUAUUGAGGAGUCAACUUCGAAUGUGAAGCCGUUUCCCUUCAGCAACGCUGUGUCUUCAAUAACACCGAAAUGGCAACAAACCAGCAAGAGGUGGAGAGCACAAUUAGAGAAGCUGCUGGGCGAAAGGGAAACAAACAGAAUUGGAAGCAUGAAAUAUGUGAAUGAUGCAAAUUUCCGCAUAGCGGUGGGUAGUAAUGGCACUGAAGUCUACUUGGGGCUGAGAGAUGAUGGCACUGAAGUUGCCAUUAAGAGAAUGUCUAAAUGCAACUAUGAAGUGCUGAAGAAUGAGGAGGGAAUUCUACGACUUCCAGAGCUCGAUCAUCAAUCCAUUGUGCGAUAUGUUGAUGCAGCGGAGGAUCAUAACUUUGGAUAUCUUGGUCUUCAACUUUGUGAAUAUACCCUGGAAGAAUACAUCCAAGAUAAAGAUGAUGAUCUGCUGAUGAAGAAACUUGUCUUUCAAGUCCUCGAGAGUUUAAAGGUGCUUCAUUGUCAAAAUCCUCAAAUUCUCCACCGGGAUCUCAAGCCACAGAAUGUUCUGAUCGAUGUUCAGGGGAGGGCCAGACUGGCUGAUUUUGGCAUAAGUAGACGGCUUGACAAAGGUCAAACAACUUAUUGCACAAGCAGUGCAGGAACCAAAUGCUGGAUGGCUAAGGAGACUUUAGCAGAUGAAGGAGACAUACCAUACAAGUCAAGCACUGAUAUUCAGGUGGCCGGAAUGCUCAGUUAUUACAUCCUCUCUGGAGGACACCAUCCUUUUGGGGACAAAUCCUAUAAAUGUGAGAGCAACAUUCAUGAUGGGAAGUACACUUUGGACCACGUUCAAGACGUGGUGGCGAAGGAUCUCAUUGAGUGGAUGAUCGAUGAAAAACCAAAGAACAGACCUCAAGUGGAAGAAAGCUUGAGUCAUCCCUUCUUCUGGAACCCUGAAAAGAGAGUUCAAUACCUGAUAAAGGUUGGCAACACGGAUGAGGCGAAAAACUGUCGAAAGGCUGACCAGGAACUACUUAGUUCAUUGGACACAUGGGCCCCAGAUGGAUCCUUCAGACAGUGGAAAACAAAAUUUCCAUCCGAGUUGGUCGAGAAGAUGGAUGGCAAAAACAAAGCCUACCCUGACAACACACUGGGAUUACUGCGCUUCAUACGGAACCUCAAUGACCACUAUCCCACCGAGGCCGCUGAAGUGAAUGUGUUGAAGCUAUUUCCUGAUCUCUUUGGAUGUGCUUUCAAGUUGGCCAAGACCGAAGGGUGGAAUUUAGAGUCCCCCUUCAAGGAAAUGUUUCAAAGAGAAGACAUCAGCAACAGCUUUACCAAGCUGUCAAUACGGCCUGAUGAGCAUCUGGGUGUCCCUGUUCAAGAGUCUCAACCCGGAGACUUGAAGUGAAGUUUAAAUCCAAAAGGCUGAAGGACUCUGAUGUUGUACUUUCUAGUCGUCAUGGUGUCUAGCCCAUGGCCCGUAGGAAGAAUUUGGCAAAAAAAACGCACAGAAAGGAAGUCCAAUAGGUAUUUUUCACACCUGACAUUGUCAGACUUAUAAUAGAAGGAAAAGCACAGGUGUUAUUAAUAUCAUUAGCAAUGGCUUGGUUUCCAGUAAGCCAUGCCAGUGUGACACAGUGAGACGUCCCGAACAAUACAAGGACCUUGAAACUGAAGCAGCUAAAUGGAAAGCAUCCAUCUUUCAUUUUAUUAUGUUGUAUUUUUCCUAAUGUGACAUGUCUAUUAUACACAGUAACUAUUUUACAAAAAGUGACAGCAACAUAAAGUAGAUUAUAAAAUAAGACUGUCGUACAAUUUUAAGGGACCUUUUCUUUUUAUAUUAUGUUAUAUAUUUUAGUUGACCAUUCUCCUUCUAAGGAACUAUCCUACUUUGAUGUUGUUACAUUUUCAGAUGUUUGUAGUUGCUAGUUAGAUCACAAAUUAAGGUUUAUACACACUGAAAAAAUCAUGACAAAACACAUACCUACUUCUAUGUUAUUCUUUGUUUAGAUACAUAAAGCAUGGCCUGCAAUGCCACUACAUGUUUGCCCCACAACAACCUAAACUAAUCUUUGCACGUCCUGUAACAUUUUUGUUGUCAUUUGCCACCUUUUAAAAUUUUUAAACUGAACAAACUCGGAAGUCUAAAAGCGUGUCUGCUCAUUAAGUGAAUGUUAUUGCAAAUAAAUGAAAACAUAAUGGAACAUGCAAGCUUUACAACAUGAUGACAUGGUUUUGUUUUAAGCAGAUUGAAUGUGUCUCAACAUGUGCUGUAAGGGUAUCAAAAUAAAUGUGUAACAUUGUGA